GCCCCCACGCAGGGACCCGGCGCACAGGCACUUGGCCUUUGUUCUCGCCGCCUGCUGGUCCCCGGGCUCCCUGCAACCACCAGCCUGCCUUCACAGCCAUCCCAGCCGCUGCAUUGAGGAAACAGGCUUCGAGAGGGGAAGUAUCUUGUCCUACAUGACUGCAGAGAGCAGUGGAGCUGGGACCGGCCUCCAGAGUUCUGGUCGGCUCUGAUCUUCUCAUCGGUUGGCCCCCUAGGUCAGGAGGAGAGCGGACAGAGCCAAGUUCGAGGAUAACAGGUAUACCCAUUCCAUGGGGGGAAGGAUUUUAAGAAUUGGAGACCUCAAAGAGCCUGUCACCAAGUUGGCAGGACUAUUGUGUUCAAUAGUGAUUGUUAAAUUGUGGUACCUCAACCGACCAUCGUUCUCUGCUGGGAAGCUGGUCCUGGGAAGGCCAUAAGCCCUGAGGGUCUCCGGAUUGGAACGAGGAAAUUCACAUUUGCUGAGCACCUACUGAUAUUAGAAAGAUCAUAGAUUAAGGAUGAGCACCACAUUUGCUAUCCCCAAGGAGUGUGAUCUGACAAAUAACACAGUGUGGCAGAAUCUGGGAUAGGGCUGGUGAUUCUCUUGGGGGACAGGCCCUCUGGGUAGGCUUCUCAGAGGAGGAAUAUCCCUAGCUGUGGGGAAAGGAGGGAGAGGAGGUAGAGAGGGAUAGGGUCUAAUCACGGUGCGGGUGUGUUGUACGGUGAUUUGAUUCAAUCUCCAAACUCCCAUGUGGAUGGCGCUCAACUCCACUUACAGAGGAGGAGUGGGUGAUCAGAGAGAUUGAGUCACAUUGGCAGGAAACAGCGGGGCUAGAAGUUGAAGCUAGUCUCUGAUUUAGAGUGGGGACUCCUUCCACUGAGCUCCAGACAGACUCUGGGGAGUCCCCACUGGUCUAGGGGAGGACCCUGGAAAGGAGCCGUCCGCGAACCAGAGAAGAGCUGAGGAAGGUGCUUGUGUCACCAAGUGGGGGGUGGGGGAGGGAGAGUCCGUGGCUUUUUCCCUUAGGCUCCCCUCCAGGCGGGACCGAGUCCCUAGACCUCCCACUUCUGCUGCGAAUGUGGGCGGGGCAAAGCCGGCCAGGUGGGGGAGGAGCCAUGUGGACCCGCCCCAACCAUUGUGCUGUGGCGAGUGAUCGGUAGGUCGCGAGCCAAUCAGGAAGCUACAUGCAAAUGAGCAGGCCUGCGGGCUGCACCCAGCGACGUGGCCACCCAGCAUCGAGCAGGGAUAUCGACCAGAUCUGGCGCCUACCUCGCGCGGGAUUGGUGAGCGGGUCGGCAGAGGCCUGGCGUAUGACUGGGCGCUGGGGCCGGGAGGAGGGAGGCGGACAAAACCUAGCCAGAGAUGGGCGGAGACUGGAUGCAGACACCCUCGGGCACCGCCCCGCCCCCGCGACUCCGGACACUGAUGCUGCACAGACGCCCAGGGGCCUCCUAGCAGAGGACAGACCGGAUGCAUGAAGGACUUGGGGUAUGGGGAGCCAGGGACCACCGGCUCCUGGGGCGGUGGACACAGUAGCCAACGGACGGACAGAGACUCGGAUUCGUGUUGGCCUGCGGGAACCCUAACGCUCUCUCCCCUCCUGGCACAGAGUGGAAUUCUCAGCUGCACUGCCGCACUGAUCACUGACGAGACAGGAGGAGGGCAUCGGGCCCGACCACCUGCAGCAUGACCAGCUGUCGCCACCAUUCGGGAUAUUUGGCCGACGACGAGGCUGGUCCCACCACCUACGUUCCUCGGGUGCAGCCACCUAAGAAGCCUCUGUUCCCGGAAAGGGGACCAGCCUCCAAGGUGGGCCACAUGCCACACCCGCCAUCAAUGCAUAGUCCUGUGAGCAGUUCAGGGCUCCGUGGCCAUUGCCGAAACCUCAAGGGCUCUCGACCAUUUAGGAACUUCCUGGAUUUCCUUGUUGAGGGCCAGGUGCUGGACAGCCUGCAGACAGUGGUGGAAGUGGCAACUGAGCGUAUGGCCACCAUGAAGACAGGAGCAGGAUUGCCGCUGGUGGAGAUACAGGACCCAGUGGAGGUGCCAAAGGUUGGGCGACGGGCAUGCAGCCGGCCUAGCCUCAGUACCGUGCACCGGCACCGCACCCGGCCCAGUCUUUGUGUGGGGCACCCCAACAAUUACCCAUCCUGCUCCAGCUCCAUGUCUGACUCCCACAGCAGUUUCAGAGCCUGCUGGCCAGGCUCCCAGUGCCGGGACAGUGCCCUGGAUGCCCACAGCUUGGGCCCACUGCCAGCCGUGAAGGACAGACUCCUGCUGGAGAAGAGCCUCAAACGGCUGCUACAGCUGGAGAACAGGGGGAAAGGCCUGGGGCAGUGCUGCUCCCACAGGGACUCGCUGCCGUGGGACUCGCUUGACAGCCAGGCCAGCAGCCAGUGGACUCCAGAGACGCCCCUGUCCUGGUUCUCAGGGCUGCUGGGCUCGAGCUCGGGCACUCUGGAAGCAUCAGAGCUGGGGCCUGGAGAGCAGGAGCUGGUCUUCCUCAAGCGAGAGUUCAACAAGCAAAUUAAGUCCUUGCUGAGCCAGCCGGUGGCUUUUGACCUGCCUGGCUACUGCGCCAUCCGAGAGCCCCAUCGGACCCUGGACUUCCUGGCUGAGCACCACCUCUUCCCUGCCCUACAGAACGUGGUCAGUCAGGCUGUGGACAAGCUCAGUGGUGCCUGCCGGCGCAAUGGCCGCCCUCUCUUCCCAUCAGAAUGGGAACCCACCACAGAGUCUAACUCCAAGCUGGCCACACCCACCAAUGGAGAGGAGCCCGAUAAUUUGCUGCCCACCACAGCAUCAAGCCCCAAGGUGGACCACAGAAAGAACGUCAAGCCCAGGGGACGCAGCAAGCCCAAGGGAGGUGGCUCCCCUGUGUCCAGCAUUCAAGUGGACACCAGGUUCCGGCUUGAGAUGACACCCACAGGACCCAAGGUCCCCUCACCCCACCUCAGGCACGAGGUAUCUGACAGGGACCCCAAAGUACAAAGACCACCCACACCAGCUUCUGGGCCCCCGAGUUCCAGCCAGAGGUCCCGGCCCUGGCGGAGCCUGCACCUCACUCUGCCUGGCCCUGGGGUCGUGUUGGAAGUGCCCUCCAGACAGACCCACCUCCCAACCCUGGGCUCAGCUUCAUUCACUUCUCCCUGCCCUUCCCCCUCCUACCACCUCCCUGCAUUCUCACCAUACACCUCCGCAGUAAGGGGCCUCUCCCCAUCGCCUGCCACGCUAUGUCCAGAGGUGACCUCCUCAAGAUUGGGGCUAGGGGUCUUAGGGGUGGGUUUGCAGUGGAAGGGCUCCAACAGCCAUCGCUCCUAGCAGCCACCAUCACUGGCAGGUGCCCAAGGUCCAGGCUUCUUGCCCUGCCCUUGUGGAAACCACCUGAGCAGGAAUGAGCUGACAGGGUCCCCAAGAAUCUGAGCCUAGCUCCUGCCAUGUGUUGUCAAAGAUGAAUAAAGGCUAUUUUUUAUUCUGGGUAUUUUUUUUAACGUUUUGCACAUAAAUCUUGGAGGCCCUCCCAUGCAGGGUAGGUCCUGUCCCUCGUGGACAGUAGCCUGAUCCCAGGGUAGGACUCGUGGUCUAGCUCCCUCUGGUCCUUCUGCCCAGGACAGGACUCUACAGUGUGUCCUCCCUGCCCAGUGGGCAUUGCUCAGGAAGGGUAAGGAGACAGAGAUGGCUUCACCCUGGUGGCUCCCCAGCACAGCCCUUGACUCUGCUUUCACCCAUUGAGCCCCAGGCAUGCUUCCACCUCUGAGCCCUGGCCUGGGAGAGGGUGGGUGGUAUAGGCUCCCACUCAGCUGAUACUGUGACUGAGGUCACUGGCCUCCACCCAGGCCUGACCAGUGUGGCCAGCAUGUCAACGGUGUGGUAAGUGUGUUCUGGGCCAAUGCACAGGGCCUGUGCUCACCUCGCCUUCAGGAAGUCGCAGGAUGUGGUAAGGCUGCACCCUGAGUGCAGCACCAUGUGGGUGACCUGG